AUGGGUGAGACUCGAGCUGGGACUGGAACAGUGCAGGACUUCCCAUCCACAGGCUCUUCCUCUGGUCCACAGGGAGCGGAGCAGCCCUCCCUCCUCACUGCAGCACAGCAGUCCUCCCUCCUCACUGCAGCACAGCAGUCCUCCCUCCUUACUGCAGCACAGCAGUCCUCCCUCCUCACUGCAGCACAGCAGUCCUCCCUCCUCACUGCAGCACAGCAGUCCUCCCUCCUCACUGCAGCACAGCAGUCCUCCCUCCUCACUGCAGCACAGCAGUCCUCCCUCCUCACUGCAGCACAGCAGUCCUCCCUCCUUACUGCAGCACAGCAGUCCUCCCUCCUCACUGCAGCACAGCAGUCCUCCCUCCUCACUGCAGCACAGCAGUCCUCCCUCCUCACUGCAGCACAGCAGUCCUCCCUCCUCACUGCAGCACAGCAGUCCUCCCUCCUCACUGCAGCACAGCAGUCCUCCUCCUCACUGCAGCACAGCAGUCCUCCCUCCUCACUGCAGCACAGCAGUCCUCCCUCCUCACUGCAGCACAGCAGUCCUCCCUCCUCACUGCAGCGCAGCAGUCCUCUCUCCUCACUGCAGCACAGCAGUCCUCCCUCCUCACUGCAGCACAGCAGUCCUCCCUCCUCACUGCAGCACAGCAGUCCUCCCUCCUCACUGCAGCACAGCAGUCCUCCCUCCUCACUGCAGCACAGCAGUCCUCCCUCCUCACUGCAGCGCAGCAGUCCUCCCUCCUCACUGCAGCACAGCAGUCCUCUCUCCUCACUGCAGCACAGCAGUCCUCCCUCCUCACUGCAGCACAGCAGUCCUCCCUCCUCACUGCAGCACAGCAGUCCUCCCUCCUCACUGCAGCGCAGCAGUCCUCCCUCCUCACUGCAGCGCAGCAGUCCUCCCUCCUCACUGCAGCGCAGCAGUCCUCUCUCCUCACUGCAGCACAGCAGUCCUCCCUCCUCACUGCAGCACAGCAGUCCUCCCUCCUCACUGCAGCACAGCAGUCCUCUCUCCUCACUGCAGCACAGCAGUCCUCCCUCCUCACUGCAGCACAGCAGUCCUCUCCUGCUCACUGCAGCACAGCAGUCCUCCCUCCUCACUGCCAGCGGAGCAGUCCUCCUUCCUCACUGCAGCGCAGCAGUCCUCCCUCCUCACUGCAGCGCAGCAGUCCUCUCUCCUCACUGCAGCACAGCAGUCCUCCCUUCUCACUGCCAGCGGAGCAGUACUCCCUCAUGCCAAGACCUCUAUCGAAGUUGCUGA